GGCAAAGGCAGCCCGUCACCGUGUGUGUGCUAGACACAAUGUUAUCCUAUGUGUGAGGGGAGGUAGGCAGCGGUGACACCCGGAGAGUACAUGUCACAUAUCAAGUGUCACAGAAUGCCUCAAACUCCACCAGGAGCAGAGGUACAGGAUGGAGAGGAACAGGUUUGUGUUCCCUGUAGAGAUAAAGGUGGAACAGAGCAGGAGGGAAGACAAGACAUGCUGAGAUUCAUAGACGGGGGUAAAAUGGAAGAGUGGGGUGGGCAGGGGGUGCUGCCUGAGACAGAAGGGGAGAGAGAGAAAUUAAGUGAACCAAGUGAAGAAAUGUUGGCUUUGCAAGUACAACGGUUGGAAAUGGAAAGGGGGGAGAAUCAGGGAAUGGAGGAAGAGCGAGAACGUUUACGUAGGGAAAUCUACAGGGAGCUCAUGUAUAAAGAAGGUGCCGAGAGACUUCGCAAAGCCACCACGGAGAGGAAGAACUUGGGACAUGUGGAGACCAUGCUAAGAACAUGCGAAAAGAGACUGGAGAUACUAAGACAAGAAUUGGAAGACCUCGACCCUUCCCCUAAUUCUCCAGAUCCAGCUGGAGCCAACCCUUUGACCUCAGGACUUCUGAGCCAAGCCCAGCAUUCUAGAGUGUCAGGAUUACAGCGGCAACUGAACAUUGAGAUGAGAGUGCGCCAGGGUGCUGAGAAUAUGCUCCAGAUGUACAGCCAGGGAGGCGCCAAGGAUAGGAAGAUGCUUGCAGCCGCUCAGCAGAUGUUAUCGGACAGUGACACAAAGAUCCACAACCUGCGCACACAGAUCCGCAGAGCUACUCAGGAGACCACAGGGUCAGGCGGAGUGGCCCUGGAAUUAUCACAGACUGAGCUCCACAUUGAGGAGCUAAGACAUCAUUAUCGUGUGGAACGAGCUGUGUCUGAAGGAGCCGAAAAUGCAGUGAGACUUAUCGGAACUACCAGGACCCAGGACAAGAGUGCUGUCAACGAGGUUCAAGCUCGUUUGGUGGAAUCUAGGCAGAGACUGGAUCUCCUAACUCUUUCUCUUCAAAAAUGUCUGGAGGACCUACCACAUGAUCACCCCAAAAGAUGUCUUAUAAGAGAGGAAAUGGUUAUGUGUGUCUCUCCCACAAGACUUGGGGCUCCCACACCGCCAACUCCCUAUAGCACAGUCUCCAAACCUGCUCCUCUCACAGGUGUCCUAGAGGUUCGGCUUCUGGGAUGUUCUAACCUCUUAGAGACUGUCCCCGGUCGCACACGGAAUUCUCCAGUCUGGUUACCGGGUAGCAGUCCCUCUGAGGGGCGGAGUAUACGAACACGCAUGUAUUCACGCACAGCCAGCUUGAGCCGCAGCGAAGAACUCUCCAGUGAGGUGAGCGUUGUCUUGCGGCUGGACAAUGUUGUGGCAGGACAAACCACCUGGAAAUCAGAAGGACGAGAUGCGUGGGAUCAGAUAUUUAAACUGAACCUAGAACGGUCGCGAGAAUUGCAGGUGUCUGUGUAUCGAAGAGACUUCCGCUCACUUUGUGCUAUUAAAUACGUCAAGUUGGAAGAUUUUCUGGAUGAUCAAAAGCAUGAAAUUAGCCUUGAAAUGGAGCCCCAGGGGAUCCUACAGUGUGAGGUGGCGUUCUAUAACCCAGUGAUUGAAAGGUUUUCUAAACUUCGCAGACAGAAGAAGAUCUUCUCUAAAGAGCAAGGCAAGGCCUUUCUACGUGCACGGCAGAUGAACAUUGACCCUUCCACUUGGCUCCGCCUCUUGCGCAGAACCUUUCCUGCAAACAGUGGAACAUACAGCCCAGCAGAUAGCGGAUCAGAGCUACAAUUGAAAUCUCCAACGGCGGAAACCAUUCAGGAAACAAAAGAUGAGACCGAUGCCCAUGUGGAGAAAAUGACUCCAGUCCCAAGGAGAGACAGCCAGAGGAGGGUUCCGAGUGUCUCCGAACUUUCGUUGGAGGAUUUCAGACUUGUUGCUGUCCUAGGGAGAGGUCACUUUGGGAAGGUCUUGCUCUCUGAGUAUAAACAAACUGGAGAACUGUAUGCCAUAAAAGCCCUGAAGAAAGGAGACAUCAUAGCCAGGGAUGAGGUUGAAAGCCUUCUGUGUGAGAAGCGAGUGUUUGUUGCAGUAAGUGGAGCCUCCCACCCUUUUCUGCUCAGUCUCUUGGGCUGCUUCCAGACUCCAGAACAUGUCUGCUUUGUUAUGGACUACAUGGCCGGCGGAGACCUAAUGACCCAUAUCCAUAGUGAAGUGUUCAGCCAGGCACGUGCAAUGUUCUAUGCUGCUUGUGUACUCCUUGGCCUACAGUUCUUACACAGUAAGGACAUCGUGUAUAGGGACCUGAAGCUGGAUAAUUUAUUGCUGGAUUCUGAAGGCUAUGUAAAACUAGCAGAUUACGGACUCUGUAAAGAGGGUAUGGGUCCAUCUGAUCGAACAUCCACAUUCUGUGGCACGCCAGAAUUUCUAGCUCCAGAGGUGCUCACAGAUGCUUCAUAUACUCGGGCUGUUGACUGGUGGGGAUUUGGAGUCCUGAUUUAUGAAAUGAUGGUUGGAGAGUCUCCAUUCCCGGGUGAUGAGGAAGAGGAGGUGUUUGACAGCAUUGUUAAUGAUGAAGUCCGUUACCCACGAUUCCUAUCUGCUGAAGCCAUCGCUAUAAUGAGACGGCUCCUGCGCAGGAAUCCAGAGAGGCGUCUGGGAUCAGGAGAAAAAGAUGCUGAAGAUGUGAAGAAACAGCCAUUUUUCAAGGAAAUGGAUUUUGAUGCUUUACUUUCUAGACGUCUGUCACCCCCAUUUACACCAUUGGUGAAGGGACCACAUGAUAUUAGUAACUUUGACCCAGAAUUUACGUCCGAAGGACCAGAGCUGACUCCUCCAAGGGAACCUCGGCCUCUUGGAAGCCAAGAGCAAAGUUUGUUCAGAGGCUUUGACUAUGUCAGGGAAGGAGCUUGAGGAACCUGGCAUCUCCUGGGCUGGGCCGGAAGUCCGAUACAACCGGGCUACUCACAUUACAUUCCACCUCAUUCCUUUUUUUGUAGUCUGUCUAUCGCCAUACUUUCUCUGUUCUGAGUGGCAAGACACCCCUUUUAUGUAGGACACUGACAAAACAAAGGUUAUGGUUAGCUGUGAAAAAUUCAUUUUUUUUAAAGUUUCUUUUUUUGUCAUAUCUACAUUUCCUUCUCAUAUAAUUCUGCUUCAUUUUCUCCUCUCGUUCUACCUCAGAACAAGUGAUGUAAAUAAAAGUCUUUGUAUAACAAAUACAGUGUUUACAUGUGCACAUGUGUCUGUGAUAUGAAGGGCUCUAAAAGCUGUUCAAUAGUAAAUACUUUAUAAAAAUAAAUGAACACAAAAUCCCCAGGCAAAUUAUUGAU